AGCUUGUGUGCACAACUUGAAAGGAUCUUGGCUUCCGGCAAGUGCCCAACGGGAGAUGACCGGAUAAACCUGGCUCCGACUACCGCUCUCCAGUUUCGCCGACGGUUGAUCCACAAUUUUCCUCAACUUACUCAGCAGCCGCCGCGAUCCGCGUGCAUGGUCGCAACGACGCAUCGUGCUGCCAUCACGCGCAGCAGCAGCGGUACCGGAAUUCAUCAAGGCCACCUAUCGCAACCAUCCGAGGUCACUCUCUGAACUUUGCGGAUUGUAUUCGACCAACGUACACAACCCGAGCCCACCCUCUUCGACCGCAACCGCCGACUCACAUCGCGAGUCUAACAUCAUGAACCAAGGCCAGGGCCAGAUGCCCGUGCAGGGCCAGGGUCAAGGUCAAGGUCAAGGCCAAGGCCAAGCACAACAGCAAGGACAGCAAGGGCAAAACCAACAGCAGAAGAUGCAGCUCAUUCAGCCCCAGCAUAUUCGCAACCUAGCCAUUCUGUCCGAGGAGGAAAAGGCCAAGUAUGUCACAGGCUUGGAAGGGCUCUGGAACAAGGUGAAGAGCACGCCACCAGGCAGCGCGGAACACAAGGCAGCAACGGAUAAGAUUCACGCGUUCAGUCAAAUGCUUCGAAGCAAGGUUGCCCAACGUCAGCAUAUGACACAGCACCGCCAGGCCAUGCAACAGCAACAGCAGCAGAAUCAAAGCCAGAAUGGCCAGCAGCAGCAAGGCCAACCACAGGCGCAAGCCCAGCAACAACGAUUGCAACAAGGUCAGGGUCAGCCCCAACAGCAGGCGCCUCAGCAACAACAGACUCCGAUCCCACGCCCACCCUCAGCGCCUCAAAGAGCUCCCUCCCAGGCUUCUCCGCCACCUCCUCAACCUCAGCAACAAGCGCAAGGAGGAGCCACGCCCCGACAGAUGCCAGCUCAACCCUCACAGGGACAAGGCGCCCCACAGCAACAACAGCAGGAGCAACAGGCACCGUCAAUGCGACCCCAGAGCGAACAGAUGAACCAACAUGUAGACACGCUCAAAUUUCGACUCCCGGCUGAGCUGCAAGGCAAGUCUGCUGAGGAGAUAGCAAGAUGGACUGAGCCCAAGAGAGAACAAUACCGACACAAGCUCGCCAUGCUUGAGAUGUAUAACCUACGUAUCAAGAGGGCCGAGCUGCAGUUGACCCAACGCCAACAAGCAGGGACCAUGACUGAAGAUGAUCAGAAAAACCUGACCCAGAUGAGGCAGAAGAUGGCGGUUGGACGACAGGAAGUUCAGAAUUGGAUUGGGUCGUUUAGAAAGCAGUUCACCGAUGGGCAGCAGGCUGCCCAAGCCAAGGCCAUCACGACUCAACAACAGGAGAAUGGCCAAGCUGGUGCUCAGCAGCCGCCUCAGCUCGCGGCGGCGGCGGCGGCCGGCAACAGACCUUCCCCUGCAAAUGGAGGCAUGCCUGCGCAGCAGAACCGUGGCACGCCCAAUGCUGCGCAGCAAGCACAAGCCCAGCUCCAAGCGCAGCGAGCCGAGCAGUCUAACGGUGCUGCCAACGGAGCUGCUGCCGCUGCGCGUCCACAGCAAGCCCAGGCUGGUCGUGGACAGGCUGCAGGUGGCGGACCGCCGCCCAACCCAACUCGAGGGCUCAGUCACUCACACGCGAACACGCUCGCCAACGAGCACGCUGCCGCGCAGUCACAGUCGCAGUCACAGGGCCAGCAACAGACGCAGCAGACAGCACAGAAAGCAGGCACUCCUGCCACACCACAGAACGGCGCCACCCCGCAGCAGCAGCAGCAGCAGCAGCAACCACCACAGCAGCAAGCAUCGCAACCCCAAGCCCAGCAAGCCCAGCAGCCGCCUCAGCAAGCUCAUGCGCAUCCACAUGCCCCACAGGUGCCAGGAACAAUGCACUCCAAGAUGCCCAUCCCGAAGCAACUACCAGAGAAGGCCAUGGCUGUUCCUCAAGGUGUUGUGGUGGGCGGAGGUGUCAAGGGAAACAGGCCGACCAUGAACCAGGGCAGCGGGAUCAUGGGACCUGCGAUGCACCAGCCUGUGGUUCAGAAGAUCCCGGCGUACAACAACGAAGCGGAGGGGGAUCGCGUGCUCAGCAAGAAGAAGCUGGACGAGCUUGUGCGCCAGGUCUGUGGCGGUGUCUCGGACGGUCAGGAGAGCAAUGUCCUGACGCCUGAGGUUGAGGAGAGCGUCCUCACAAUGGCCGACUCAUUUGUGGAUAACGUCCUCCAUGCAGCCUGCCGCAAUGCCAAGGAACGUGGCUCCAAAGUUCUCGAGAUUAGAGACAUUCAGCUUGUGCUCGAGAGGACCUACAACAUCCGGGUUCCCGGCUACUCCUCUGACGAGCUCCGAACCGUGCGCAAGGUGCAGCCCGCGCCCGGUUGGAUCAACAAGAUGAGCGCUGUCCAGGCAGCCAAGGUCAUGCCAGGAAAGGGGGAGUAAUGGACAUUGUUUUACACUGCGUAGGGUCGGCGUUCAUGGACGGCAUAGUAUUCUUUCCUUUGCAAGGCGCAAGGUCAAAACGGCGGUUGAUUGGAGUUUGGUGCACUCACAUUGCGCAUACCCGACUUUUGCAAUGAAUGUCAUAUGGUUCAACCAGUGUCUCCGUUCGCCUGUGAGAUCUUGUGCGUGCGUAGUAAUAUUGUGAGAUGCUAUUGAUAUCGCGGUAAUUCCACUUGUACCGAUUGGGAACCGCUGAACAGCUCAAGGCAGAACUGGGAAAACGUCACCGCACGUAGACGUAGAACCCCACAGCGCGCCCGGUGCACAGCACAAAUCCUCCAGCACAAGUCUGCAUAACAGUGGUCCCGGGUACCUCCACCGCGCACCUAAACUGUGUGUAACA